GGUUAGGGCAGCAUUGGUUCUAGGAGAAGCGUUGCCUCGAAAAAGCCAACAAACCACCACAACUCCUUGGAGAAGCCCAUGAAUUCAAUCACUGCCUUUGCCUUGUUGUCGCUACAGCAACAUGUCGGAGCCCAACACUACUUCAUCAUCAUCGUCAAAGUACUAUUGGAUCGGAUGUUCUGGUUCUGGCUACGUGUGCAUGAGUGAAGAGCGAUUGGGCUCUCUUCUCGACAUGAUGCCCACCCUCCGCUUCCUCCUCUUUGGACAUCCACGCAUGCAGCCCAAAAAGCUCCAGCAAAGUACGGAUGGCGCCACACUUGUGGAAAUUUCUCAUGAACUCGAAAUCUCCAAGAAAUCCUUUAUUCUUCUCGUCAAUUGUGUUCUGGGCGCGGAGCCACUUCCAGCGCGAGGAACUCCAAAAUUGACGCAACUUGUGGAUGCCAUGACAACGCUCGGCGGAUGCGAGCAGCUCGAGGCCUCUCUCAAAAACCUCCAGACGAAUCCUUUGACCCCACAGGAUGAUACAAACAAUGAAUAUGUGUGGCAUGUUCUGCAGACUUUGAAGUAUAGUUCGCUUUCGGUUUACGACACUGAGGUUCUGCGCAGCAAAGCAGGAUGCGCUUAUGCAUCUGCGAUAAAGGAUCCUAAAUCUGGUGUCGUGACGCAUUACUUCCGAGCCAAGAAGUCUAUCUAAAUGGAAUGAGGACAAGAGCUGGAAUUUCCAGAAAAAGUCCCACGAAGACACCAAGAGCAAAGGCAAUGACAGAACAAAUUCACAAACCAAAGAUGCUGUCGAAGGAGACCGUAUAUGUAGUGAGCGCCGAGAAAUGAACAACAUCAACAAUCAGCACCGUCAAAUGAGAAAGAAUAUGAAACUAGACCGGCUUGGAUGACCUUGGAGGACAGCGAAGUCGAACAAUCAUUCGUUUAGCCACGGCAUUCAUGCCGCACAUCAUAAAAUAGCGCUUUCAAAUUAAAUAAUGGAAACCUAGUCUC